UUGACAAUAAACAUUGGUCGGCUGGCUGAUAAAUAUUUUGCACAUUUAAUAAAUAAAAAAUGUUUGUUCAAAGUAACUCUUUAUACGCAUGUUUGAGAUAACGCAAUGGGAACUUUAAAUAUUGCUGAAUGGUCCCCGGACCAAGUCGCAGAAUGGAUGUCAGGAUUGGGACCCAAAGUGGCGCAGUAUGUGCCAGAGCUACACAAGAAAGGAUUAAAUGGCGAAAAAUUGCUGACUCUUCGAUGUGAUGACUUGGAAUAUCUCGGUAUUCACAUAAUAGGCCACCAAGAAUUGUUGUUAGAGGCAGUAGAACAUUUACGAAACUUUCACUAUGAGAUUUCAAGAGAAUGUGUGCAGCAGUUAGCUCUACGAGUGUCAUCUGCAGCAGCCUCUCUAGCUCGAGCGUUACGUCAUCAUGUUGACGCUCGCUUAGAGACUCACUCUUUAGCUGAUGUUGCAAGGACUGUGCAUGCUGUUAAGCCUCUCGUUUGUUGGUUAGAUAGGUGGCCGCUGGGCUCCGGGUCACCGCUCGCAGAACGUAAGGCGGCCCUGUUGAAGCUAUCCUUGGAAGCGGCCACAUGUGCCCAGAGAGACAGGUUUGCCGAGCAACCUGCCCGAGCGGUGGCCGCGGCCGCAGCGGCAGUCGCUGCCGUCGCGGAUUAUAUCAUUCAGGACGUGUCGGACCCCACCAUCCUGCAGCCGGCGUGGCUCGGCGCCGUGUCGCUGCGCCAGGGCGAGCGCGCGCUGGGCUUCGAGGUGGUGCCGUCGUUCUGCGGACACCACCAGCUCGCGCACAUCCGCUUCGCCUCGCCCGCGCAUGCGUCGGGCCUCGUGCACGAGGCCGACGAGAUCGUGCAGGUGGGCGGGAAGUGCGUGAUCGGGUGGAGCGGCGAGGCGGUGGAGCGCCUGUGCUCGCAGACGGCGCGCAGCGGGCUCGACCUGCAGCUGCGACUGCGCCGCCGGGGGGCCCGCGCGCUCCCCGCGCUGCCGACCCCCCCGCUGCGGGCGCCGCGGCCCCGCGCGAGGCCACGUCUGCCGCCCCUGCACGCACAUCUCAGAUUGCACAGGUACGAGCUGGAGUUCCCCCGCGCCGCGCGCGCGCCGCCGCCCCCGCCCGCGCCCGCGCCGCGCUCCCCCUCGUCGUCCGACAGCGAGCUGUCGCCGCCCGCCUCGCCCACGCACCCCGACGCCAACAGGCUGUACCCGCCCAAGCCGGCGGCGCGGCGCGCGCGGCGACACUCCGUGUGCGGCGCCGAGCAGCCGCCGCGCCCGCCGCCCGCGCUCGAGCGGUUCUGGCGGGAGCUGCAGCAGCAGCGCUGGGCGCACGGCGGCAGCCCCGAGCCCGACGACUCCACCCUCUACCGCCGCGACAAGGCGGUGUCGUGCAGCACCGGCCUCCAGUUGUCGCCUCGGCCGCGGACCUGCCUGGGCGUCCCGCGCCCGUUGCCCGCUCCGCUGCCCGUCCCGCUCGCCGCUCCGCUCCCCGCCCCGUCGCCCACUCCUCCCCCCGCGGCCGGUCGCGGGAAACUCGACAAGAGUCACUCGACGCCGGCGUACGACUUCGAGCCGUCGUCGGAGCUCGGCCCGCUGGCGGCGCAGACCAUCCCGGAGUCCCCGACCACGCCCACCGCGGAGGGGCCGACGCUACCUCGUCUGGAGAAGGCGGGACAGAUUCUCGACUUCAAGAAGUCGAGCUCGCAGAUCGAGGAGGCGAUUCAGCAGAGAAAUCGACGAGCUAACGUCGACGACGAGAGAACGGACGCUUUCACCGACGAGGAUAUUCGACCGAUCGACGAGGACUCCAAGCUGGAAAUCGUCGAGACAGUGAACGUGGUGCUCAGCGACCGAGUCGAAGCGAACGAGAGGACGGUGUCGAGGGAAUUCAGGAGGGUCGAAAAAAAGGAGACGAGGGCAUCGACGAAGGUUUCGGCGGACGACACGAGUAGCGACGAUCAAAUACCGAUUCCUGUCAAAUACCCCAAGCCACGAAUAACCGAACGAUACAGACCGACCGAGUUUCCCCCCGAGCCUCCCCCGCGUCCCUCGCACACGCAACGGGCGCCGCGCGAGCCCCCGCCCCCCCCGCGGGACGCGCCCCCCAGGGAGCCCCGCGAGGCGCCGCGCUCGCUCGCGCAGCCGUCGCAGUCGCUGCAGUCGCUGCGGCCCAUCAGCAAGCGGGACAUCCAGCUGGUGGUGUCGGAGCGGCGCGCCAUGCCGGCGCUCAACGGCGCGGCCGACGCGCUGGCGGCCGACGGCGCCGCGUCCCCCGCGCCGCCCGCGCCCCUCGCGUCCCCGAGCACGACGCCGUCGCCCGCGCCGCCCGCCGCGCGCGGCAUCUUCCCCACCUCCAAGUCGCGCAGUCUCAAGAAGAAGAACUCCAUCCUGGCCAAGCGGCGCAGCGUGUCGGCGCGCUCGCUGUCGGCGCGCGGCGCGGCGGGGCGCGUGUGGCAGCGCGUGCGCUCGCGCGCCGGCCCGCAGCCGCGCUGGGCCGCGCGACACCUGCUGCUGGCGCACAACCUGCUCUACGCCUACCGCUCGCCCGAGUGCUCGCGCGCCGACUGCAUGAUCUACCUGGAGGGGUUCACGGUGUGCGCGGCGGGCGAGGUGAAGUCCCGCGCGCACGCCUUCAAGGUGUACCACACGGGCGUCGCCUUCUACUUCGCGUGCGAUACGCGCGACGCCAUGCUGGCGUGGAUACAGCUCAUCCACCGCGCCACGCUGCUGCCGUCGCUGCUGACGUCCGCGAUGGAGUUGUCGAAGCAGUUCUCGGAGACCGAUUACUCGGAGACGGAGUCGGACAACGAAACCUCCGAGAGGCGAAACGAACGCGAGAGGGAGAGGGAGAAGGAGAGGGAGAGGGAGAAGGAGAAGUCGAAAUUCGGUUCCCUGAAGAAGUUGACGCAUCGCGCCGGACGGAGCGAGUCGCAGGAGAACGUGAACCAGGCGGCAGCCACCAGCCUCGACAGGAAGUAUCUGAGGUUCUUCUCGAGAGCCAGGCCCAAAGAUGACUCUAAAACUGCGAAGGGCAAGCAGUCGGGCGUGCCGGUGCCCACGGAGCACUACCGCAGCUACCGGCGCGUGACGCCCGACGCGUCCCCCGCGCCCCCCGCGCCCGCCGCCCCCGCCGCCGCGCCCCGCGCGCCCCCCGCGCCCAACAAGCUGCCCAAGCCCAUCAACUACAUACACGCCUCCAACCCGAACUUGCUGGACUUCGAGAAGAGCGAUUUCGUGACCAAGCCGACCAUACAGGUGCCGAAGCCGAAAGUUCACAAGCCGGACAACUUCGUCGGCUUCGUGACGCUGGAGGAGUUCAUGCUGAAGAAGCAGGAGGAGGAGCGGAGACAGGCGCACUGCGAGCGCGCGCCGCCGGGGGCCGCGGGGGGCGCGGGCGGCGCGGGGGGCGCGGGGGGCGCGCGCGAGCUGCAGCGCCGCCUCGACCGCAUCGUGCCCGACGUCAUCUACGGCGAGCUGUCGCAGCGACACGACGACGGGUACGAGCCCGUGGGGCCGCGCGCGCCGCGCCGCGUGAGCGCCGACGCGCACUGCGGGCCCGCCGCCGACGCUCGCGCCGACUCCCCGCAGACGCCACCGACGCCGGCCGCCGCCGAGAGGUUAUUUCUUACCUUUACGAUUCCUAGUAUGAAGUAAACGAGAGGGGACCCCGUCGGUAAUAUCUGAGUCGGCGAGUUCGAUCACUACUGAUAUUGAAGAACUAAAUUGUACUGGCAUUUAUUCAUUACGAUUUAGUUCUCAAAAGACAUCCCCCGGAUGUCUUUUUAAGGACCUCUGUAUCCAUUGUAUUGUUAAGUGCGGGAGAAGGUUUGUGUGCUAUACAAUUUUAAAAUUUCGCACGGCUACAGCCGUGGAUUCGGCUAGUUAAAAAUGAAUGAUCGAUAAUAUUCAGUUUUAUUGCUACCCAGGAGUAAUAUGUGCGGCAGAAUAAGAUAACAUCAAAAUCUUCGAUAUAUUUCUUAGCAAACAGAAAAUUUAAACGAAUGCCGAUAACACGUCAUGUUUGGCUCUUUCGUACCUAACUACGAAAGAGAGAGUCCGGAGUGACGUGACGCCCCUCGUGUUACGUCACCGCACAAGUCCGCAGAUGUCCGGCGGGCGGAACGGCGCCGUAGAGCCGCUCUGACGUCACAGUGUGUUCCGCAGCUCGGGCGGGGUGUCGCGCCUGCGGCUCAUGUUCGGCGCGCGACGGGACCUGCAGCGACAGGUGACCACUCCACUCGUGCUAAUUGUAGAAAGGCGGGCGAGGCUGAC